AUCUCGCAUUUGAGUUUUUCUGAAACCGAACAGCUCGCCGGAUCUGUGGUCACCGUGAUUCAAGCAGCUGUCUUUCCAGUCUCCGUCAACUCGGGCACAGUGAAGCGCCAAUUAAGCAUGCUAUCACAGCACUGGUCUCACUGCAUGAGAGUCUCGAAUACAGUGGAUGCUUGUGCCACUAUCCUAUUAUUGUCUAUCUCCACGCAGAGUGCUGAUACCGUCCUGCGGCAAUGGAAGGCGGCCUUGAAGUCUUCUGACUUUUCAGAGGAACCUCCAUCUGAAGCCGUCUUUGACAACCAUGCCGACCAAUUUCAAGCUGUUGUUGAUCUUGCCGAUAGUGUGACCGAGACUUGGAGAAAUGAGCCGCAAGAGUUCAAUUCCCUUUUCAGCUUCGACCUCGGAAUCACUCCCCCAUUGUUUCUCGUUGCAUCUCGCUAUCGCCAUCCCUUGAUACGCCGAAAGGCUGUCGACCUCAUUCUCCGAUCACCAUUUUACCACGUCGAAAUUGAAGAAGAAAAUGCCGGAAUCAUUGUGGAUCCAAUCGACGUGCUGGAAAUUUGUCGCAUUCGAAAGAUUUCUGCUGACAUACAAGAGGAAGGGCCACAGAUCAUGAUGCAGUUCACCCACUGGCCGUUCUACCCACCCUCUCCGAUCCACGUAACUUUCAUUUCCUUGACACAAUAA